UGAACAUUAUAAUCCCACAUAUAUCAUACUGUAUAUUUAUUUAUCCUACGAGUAAGAGAUGGCAUGUAGGAGUACAUGCAUACAUAUAUAGCCCUUCCUCCCCUUCUUCCCUGCUUGCAUUGGCAUUCGCCCUCAUCUAGUAUAUACUUACUCUAGAGAAGAAAGUUAACUCUCCUCUGUUUCGACGUCUUCCCUGCCCUGAAAGCAGUCGAAGAGUCCUUGAAUUUUUCUCCGGCAGGACGCAAAGCGGCGGGCGGCGGCGGCGGCAGGACCGUGAUGAGCAGCAGCAGCAGCAAUGGCGGCGAGGUGCUCCUCCUGGACCACGAGUACAAAGAGGAGUACGUGAGGAACUCGCGGGGGAUGAGCCUGUUCGCAUGCACAUGGCUGCCAGGCAAGAGGAGGACUCCAAAGGCGCUCGUCUUCCUCUGCCAUGGCUACGCCGUGGAGUGCGGGGUGACGAUGCGCGGCACCGGCGAGCGCCUGGCGCGUGCGGGCUACGCCGUGUACGGCCUCGACUACGAGGGCCACGGCCGCUCCGACGGGCUGCAGGGCUACGUGCCGGAUUUCGAGUUGCUGGUCCAGGACUGCGACGACUACUUCACCUCCGUGGUGCGGUCGCAGCCAAAUGAGGACAAGGGCUGCAAGCGGCGCCGGUUCCUGCUCGGGGAGUCCAUGGGCGGCGCCGUCGCUCUCCUUCUGGACCUCAGGCGGCCCGAGUUCUGGACCGGCGCCGUGCUGGUGGCGCCCAUGUGCAAGAUCGCCGACGACAUGCGUCCCCACCCGCUGGUGGUGAACAUCCUGAGGGCCAUGACCUCCAUCGUCCCGACCUGGAAGAUCGUGCCCAGCAACGACGUGAUCGACGCCGCCUACAAGACGCAGGAGAAGAGGGACGAGAUCCGGGGCAACCCUUACUGCUACAAGGACAAGCCCAGACUCAAGACCGCAUACGAGCUGCUCAAGGUCAGCUUGGACCUCGAGCAAAACCUCCUACACCAGGUGUCGUUGCCGUUUCUGAUCGUACACGGCGGGGCAGACAAGGUGACGGACCCGUCGGUAAGCGAGCUGCUGCACCGAUCGGCGGCGAGCCAGGACAAGACGCUCAAGCUCUACCCGGGCAUGUGGCACGCCCUCACCUCCGGCGAGUCUUCCGACAACAUCCACGCCGUUUUCCUUGACAUCAUCGCCUGGCUCGACCACAGAUCAUCCGACGAUACGGAUCAGCAGGAGCAGGAGCAGGAGCUGCUGUCGUCGGAGGUGGAGCAGAAGGCCAGGCACGACGACCAACAUCCCCAGCAGGAUGGCGGCAACAAAUAGCCGCUUGCUUGCAAUUCUUCUUCAUAUAUAUAUAUAGAACAAACCAUUUAAUUUGGUGAUGCAUCGAUACACAUGUCAGUAAUACAUAUACCGAGACUAAAUUAUUAGGCCGGCUUACCUAGAAAUUAAACAAUCAGCAGUUCAAUACCGAGACUAAAUUAUUAGAGGUCUUUUGGCCUUGUUUAGUUCCAAAA